AUGCCUACACUCGCCGGAAAAGAAAUCAGCCAGAAUGGCCUGGGGUUGAUGCGCCUGAUCUGGCAAUACGGGCCCACCCCGGAUGAACAAGCCUUCAAAGUCCUCAAGACCGCUCUCGCAGCUGGGGCGAAUGUCUGGAACGGCGCCGACUUCUACGGCACCCCGGACAACAACUCCCUGCAUCUGAUGAACCGGUAUUUCACCGCCUAUCCGGAGGACGCUGAGCGGGUCGUCUUCACGGUCAAGUCCGGGCUGGUGUCGAUGAAGACCUUCACCAUGGACUGUUCGCGCGCGGGGCUGCGCAAGUUUGUGGACAACGCCCUGAGGAUCUUGGAUGGGAAGAAGAAGAUCGAUGUCUUUGGCUUGGGGAGAGUGGACCCCAACGUGCCUGUCGAGGAGAGCGUGCGGGCGCUCGCGGAGCUCAGGGAGGAGGGUAAGAUCGGAGGCAUCCAGUUGAGUGAAGUCCGCGCGGACACGAUCCGCCGCGCGGCGAGCGUGACGAAGAUUGAUAUGGUCGAGGCCGAGGUCAGUCUCUGGUCGCGGGAGGUGUUUGAGAACGGGGUGGCGGAGGCAUGCGCGGAGAACGGGAUUGUCCUGGUGGCGCACACGCCUCUGGGUGCUGGGAUGCUGACGGGGACGAUCAAGUCGGUGGACGAUCUGCCGGAAACGCACCACCGCACGGUGCCCCGCUUCCAGCCUGAUAGCAUCGCCCAGAAUCGUCUGCUGGUGGAGGCGUUGGAGGCCGUCGCAGAGACAAAGGGUUGCUCCGUGGCUCAGCUGGCGUUGUCUUGGUUGAAGGCUCAGGGCAGGAAGCCUGGAAUGCCGGUCAUUGUACCGAUUCCGGGUGCGCGCUCCGAGGCACGGGUGCUGGAGAAUGUACAGGAUGUUGAGCUGACCGAGGAUGACCUUGAGGAGAUCGAGGUCAUCCUCAAAAAGUAUCCCGUGGCGGGCGCGAGGUAUCCCCCCGCCGCGGCGAGGUUGAAUGAGUAUUGA